UUCCCGAAGGGGCCGCCAGGGUGUGCUCGCGCGCUGCCAGCUCCCCUCCUGGAGGGGGCGGGGCCUCCGCCUGCCACGUCAGCGGCAGCGGCAGCACCUCGGCUCGGUUCCCUGGGGAAGGUGAUGGCGGCGGCGGCGGCGGCGGCUCUGGGGGCCGAAGUUGGCGUGAGGAUCGUGCUCUUUACUGCCUUUGUGGUGAUAGAGCUUCUCCCGCCCUUCCAGAGGCUCAUCCAACCCGAAGAGAUGUGGCUGUACCGCAACCCCUACGUGGAGAACGACCACUUCCCCACCAAGCUGCUGUUUUUGAUUGUGUUUCUGUGUCCCCUCUCUCUCAUCCUUCUGGUUAAAUGUCUUAAGAAAGCAGAUGGAGCAGACACCAAGCAGGCGUGCCUGGCUGCCAGUCUUGCCCUUGCUUUAAAUGGAGUCUUCACCAAUACAAUAAAGCUGAUCGUGGGAAGGCCUCGCCCUGAUUUCUUCUAUCGUUGCUUCCCAGAUGGACAAGCCAAUUCUGAACUGAUAUGCACAGGGGAUGAGGAGGUGGUCACUGAGGGCCGAAAGAGCUUCCCCAGUGGGCAUUCUUCUUUUGCAUUUGCUGGACUGGCCUUCACCUCCUUCUACCUAGCAGGGAAGUUACACUGCUUCACUCCUCAAGGUCGUGGAAAAUCCUGGCGGCUCUGUGCCUUCCUAUCACCUCUCCUCUUUGCAGCUGUCAUUGCUCUUUCCCGAACCUGUGAUUACAAACACCAUUGGCAAGACGUGCUGGUUGGGUCCAUGAUUGGCCUGAGUUUUGCCUACCUCUGCUACAGGCAGUAUUAUCCUUCCCUGACUGAUGCUGAAUGUCAUAAGCCAUUCCACUGCAAACAUGUACUUCCUACCACACAGAAGUUUAUUGUUCCCCAUUAUAGACUUGAUGUUUAGCAACUUAGCCUACCUCACAAAAGAACAAUGAGAGCAUCCCCUCCUGUCUUUGACCUAUCUUACUCAGAAGACGUGGGUUUCAGGCCCUUCUUUUUACCUCUUAAAUGCCACAAGUGAAGAUAUGGGCAAAACUGAAUUCCGUCUUCCUACCAGAUAUAUGUGUAACAAUUCCUUUCUACUACUGGAUCAUAGACAGUCUGUCGUUGGGGAAGACCUUUUGAAAAAAUAGAAGAAUCAAGUUCAUUGUGAUAAAGGUGUUUUUGCUUAGUUGUCUCAGGCGUGAUCACGGCUUCAAGGUUACUGCAGGAUACCACGAUGAUGGCAGUCCAGGCUUUGGGGGCCUGUGGACCGGCUUGGGUGGCCACUCACUCCUUGGCAACGGGAGGAGGUAUCCCUUCUGAUGAGGAGGCUACUGGCUUGGAGAGAGAGAUUAUGAUGGCUGCAAGGAAUGAUUUAGAUCCAUACAAUAUGCUAGUCCCAAAGGCAGCUCCAGGGACUAAGGAGGAACCCAACCUGGUCCCUUCCAUCAAACUGACAGGUGACUAGCAGGCUGUAUCUGUGAAGAGGACGGCAGUGCAGUCAUCUGGUUAUAGCUUCACAAAGGCGAGACAAAGCAUCCUAACUGUGGAAUCCAUUACAAGCUGGUACCCCACCCCACCAGUUGAGCCACUGAACCUUUGGAUUUACUUGAGAUGUGUUGCAGUGUUUUCUUUCCUCCAGUAAAAGACUAGCCAUUUCCCUGACUCUCCCAUUUGAAAAAAAAAAAGGCUUUUUUUGGGUUUGUUUUUAUGAAAUAGUACCCGAGAGACAAAUAAAAAGUAUAGUUUAGAGCAAGGAGCGAUGUCCUCAUGAAAUUAUUGCAAGUCUGAAUUACAGAACUUUUUGUUAAAAGGCAGUAAUAUAUACUUCAAGUUAUUCAGAUGGUUGUCAGCCAGCUUCUGACUCUGAUAGACAUCCUGACUCUAUUAGGUUCACUAGGGCUGGCUAGAUGGGAAUAUUUUCAAAAUCAGUUAAUCAGUAUACACUUGUUAAGCACCUACUGUGUGCCAGGCACUGUGCUAAGCAUUGAAUAUUUUAAGACUUUAAGGCACAGUUCUUGUGACCUUCCUAUAUGGUUAUACGUACCUGCUCUAACCUUCAAGCAGAAAAACAAAAUGCUUGUUAUAUGUACCUAGAGUUGAAACAUCAGAAAACAAGACCCUUUAUAGCCUAGAGUCCCUACAAAGGGAAGAACCAAACUCAUCUCCCCAUUUUUCUUGGCAUUAUUACCUGAAUACUUGAAUAGGAAAUUUCCAAAUAUAAUUUAGAUCACUGUUCUGCAUUAAGGUCCUCAGCAGAGCUACUGGUUUUCAUGUGAAGAUUUUUUAGUGCUGUAGACAUAAUUUAUUAUACAAGCAUAAAGGUUUGAAGAAACUUAAUAGUAUUAGAAUUUUAAUGAGUUUGAAGCAUUCAUCCACUGCCUCAACUCGGCUGCAUCUAUCUGCCUUUCUUUCCCAUGAGUUCUCUUCAUGAGGGACCAAAGAGUGAUACUUGGAGCCAAAACUUUCUUCUGUAUGUUUUAUCAACUUGGCCAUUUAAAUUAUUUGUUCCUCAAAAACAGGAGUGGAUUUGGAGUUAGAGGACCUGGGUUCAGAUACCAGCUCUACCUAUUUCAGGCAAAUUGACUUAGUCCUCCAUAGGACUCAAUUUCCUCAUUUGUAAAAUGAAGGGAUUGGACUAGAUGACAGCUAAAGUUCCUUCCAGCUCAAUGUGUAAUUUUGUGUUUCUGCCUAAUGAAAGACUAAGGAAGGAGACAAAGAGAAUAUUUUUGUAAUAAAAAUAUUUGUUACCACUGAAGGGAAGAAGUUGCUCAUCAUCAGUUAUCAGUUAACUUUAUAGAUGUGCUUUGCUUCCUUUUCCCUUUCCCCAGACAAGGGUAUAGUUAAAUGAACCAUAUAAGCUGUUCUUUCUGAAGUAAUUUUAUGGGACCCUCAGAUAUGUAUUUCUUCCUGUUUGUUAUGUUUCUUAAAGUAUGUAUGCAUUUUCUUACCAGAAAGUGCCAUUUUCAAUGUAUCUGUGCCCCCAAUAAACCUGAUUUUAAAGUU